AUGUCUACGGUGUCUGUACAUGCUCUUAGCACUGGACACAUCACGAUUCCAGAGAGGUUCUUCGUUGUCCCUGCCGACCCAGUCGCGAAGCGCACUGUACCUUCACUGUCCUUCUUGGUACAGCACAGAGAUGAGAAAUCUGGAAAGCUGACCCGAGUGGUCUUUGAUCUGGGGAUGAGACGCGACCUGGCCCUCUACCCGGCCGAGUUGACUUCUCAUCUGGCCAACCGGGGACCUGUAUCUACCCAGCCUGACGCGGUUGCUUCAUUGGCAGCAGGAGGGCUGACGGUGGACGACAUCGACUAUGUUAUAUUCAGUCAUGUCCAUUAUGACCAUGUGGGAUAUCCCAAGGAUUUCACCAACGACAAAACGAGGUUCAUUGUCGGUAACGGGGCGCUCGAUCUUCUGAGCGGCAAAGCAAAAUAUGACCUAGGAAAACAUAUGAUCUUCGAGCCAGACCUGCUGCCACCGGAGCGGACGCUUGAGCUGCCUCCUCCUGGUAGCGCGGAUUCGCACUUUACGUGGCAACCACUGUCAACGUUUCCUGACGCGAUAGACUUCUUCAAAGAUGGCAGCUUGUACAUUGUAAAUGCGCCCGGCCACCUCCCAGGCCACAUCAAUUUACUAUGCAAGAUCUCGUCUCAGCCGACCAGGUUUGUCUGCCUCGCGGGGGAUGCAUGCCAUGAUGGUCGUCUCUUGACUGGCGAGUGCGAUAUAGCAACGUGGACGGACGAGACUGGGAGGUAUUGUUGUAUGCACGUGGACAUUCCUCAAUCGAAAGCCACCCUGGCGCGGUUGUACGCUGCUUCGAAAGAUGGUAUCAAGAUCGAAGCAGAAGACCAGCCAGCGAGUAUGGAAGUGAUUUUUGCUCACAACUACGAAUGGGAGGAAACGGCGAAGAAGGAAGGGAAGUUUUGGCCCGGAAGGCUGUGA